CUGCUUUAUAAAGCACCGUCUCUCCAUGUCUCACAAGCACAUUUGAGAGAGAGAAAAGAAAAGAAAGAGAGAAAAAAGAUCAAUCAUGGCAGGCAUUUCUUGUGAACAAGAAUCUUGGGUUUCUUCAAGAAACCUAAAUCUUGAUCCAAAAACACAAACCCAUGCUCAAGCAACAAGCCUAGAUCAAGAACAUGUUUCUUUUGAUCAAGAAACUGAAGAAAUAUGGCAGAAGGUGAAUCAAAGCAUCACCACCGCCACCACCAACACUCUCAACAAUACUUUCAACUCCAACAGCAGGAGCAACAGCAAGAAGAAAAAGAACCAAGUUUUACUAGAAGGGUAUGUGGAGGUAGCUAGCAAUAAUGAGGAGGAUGAUUUGAAGAGAACAAAGAGUCUCACGGAUGAUGAUCUUGAUGAACUAAAAGGGUGCUUGGAUCUUGGAUUCGGUUUCAGUUAUGAUGAGAUCCCUGAGCUUUGCAAUACUUUGCCUGCUCUUGAGCUUUGUUAUUCAAUGAGUCAGAAGUUUCUCGAUGAGCAACAUAAGUCUCCUGAGAGAAGUACUUCUCCGGAACCUGCUUCUAGUCCUAUUGCUAAUUGGAAGAUCUCUAGUCCUGGUGACCAUCCGGAAGAUGUUAAGGCAAGGCUCAAAUUUUGGGCACAGGCUGUGGCAUGUACUGUUAGAUUGUGCAGUUAAAAACAUCUUAAGAAUUGAAUGAUGCAUUGAAAUGAGAAAAUGUUUGUGCAUUUUCAUGAAGAGCUUGUGCUCCACUAUCCUUUUCCCAGGUGCAAUUAUUUGCAGGAAUCAGAGUUCCUGUACCUUCUUUAGCUGGGAACGGAUCAGCAUGGAUCGGCGUUAAACUAGAAGAAGAAUAAGAGAAAUGCUUCAGGUUUGAUAUUAACCGAAUACUCGUAUGAGAUUUACUUAUAUAUAUCAGGGGCAAAGACUAUCAUUGUUGUAUUCGGUGCAUUAAAAUAAGCUUCAAUAAGAAUAAUGCUAUAUCUUCUUCGUAUCAUUGGCAUUGUUGCUAGUGUGUGCUUGAUAUGGCUAUGAACGUCUUCCAAUCUGAGCUGUCGGUUUUAUGCAGUGUUGAUAGCCUUCAAUUGAGCCUUCACUAACUACCUGCAGACCUCUGCAUUUGCUGAGGUAACUAAUCUAACUGGGUUAACUGUGUUGUUUUGUUUUCACCAUUGUCAAUGCAUAGAUAGGAUGGUAUCCUAAUAUUAACAAUGAUACGCGUGCUAACUACUGACUCGUUAUAAUCGAUCGGAUUGAUAGAUGAUCAACUACCUCGUUUGGCUCGUAGAAUAAAGGAAGCUGGAGAGAAGGUGGAAAGAAGUGGAGAAGAUUUGCAAAUUUGGACCUCUCUACAAGCUCUACCUAUCAUUAACUCAGUUUUCUUUAUAUUUCUCAUAUCUUGUCCAUGUAUAUGGAUGAAAGUAUUGUCUUACGAGACUUGAUGUUGCAUCAUGGUAACAAGUUGUGAUACACGAACUUUAAUUAAUUUAUCAUUGUUUUCAGUUCUGGCAAA